AUGUUCGCAGAACGCCACACGAUCCAACUGCCUUCCGCGCCCCUCACCCCGCCAAUCAUCCAAGUGAAAAAAGAAUUGCCCUUCCAAAUCGCCCAGCAAUACAUCACCAAGCUCGAAUCCAUCCUUGCAUCUAACGAUGUCAGCGCCCUUCCCAGCGUCAUGCACGCAGACUCCUGGUGGCGCGACAUGCUCACCUUUUCCUGGGACAUACGCACGAUCCACGGCCUAGACAAGAUCUCGGAUUACUUUACCUCAAAUCUCGCUGAGACCGGACUAUACAACUUGAAGCUCCGAGAGACAGGGAAAUUUGCGCCUAGUAUCUCGUCGCCUAUUGCCGGUUUGGAAUGGCUGGAGUCGAUGUUUGAUUUUGAGACCAAGGUGGGACGCGGGUCGGGUAUGAUUAGACUUGUGCAGGGGAGCGAUGGAGUGUGGAAGGGGUAUAUGAUGUAUACUGCUCUGCAAGAGCUGAAGGGGUUUGAGGAGGGGAAAGGUGAUAAGAGACCGCAUGGAAGUAAAGAGUAUGAUGUGGAACAGGGGAACUGGCAGGAGAGGAGGGACAAGGAAAAAGAGUUUGUGGACAGCGAGCCAGACGUGUUUGUUGUUGGUGCUGGACAAUCUGGGUUGAAUCUCGGAGCUCGACUUAAAGCCAUGGGCCUUUCUUCUCUUCUGAUUGACAAGAAUGAGCGUGUUGUUCAAUAUACCCAUAUGGCAUUCCUGCCCUUUCCCUCCAACUGGCCACUCUUCACUCCAAAGGACAAGCUCGGCGACUUCUUCGAAUCCUACGCCUCCCUCAUGGAGCUUAAUGUCUGGACCAAAACCACCAUCUCCUCCGCCUCUUUCGAUGACACGACCAAGAUCUGGACCAUCACCGUUACCCGAGGCGACGGCGCAACCCGUACUUUGCACCCCAAGCACGUCGUGUUCGCUACCGGCCAUGCAGGAGAGGCAAAAAUUCCUUCUUUCCCCGGCCAGAAUACCUUCAAAGGCCUAGCACACCAUGCCUCUUUCCACCAGGAUGCCAAGCUCGCAGGUGAUAUGAAGGGUAAGAAAGUCGUAGUGGUCGGAACAGGUAACUCUGGCCACGACAUCUCGCAGAAUUACCAGAUGGCCGGCGCAGAUGUAACCAUGGUGCAGCGAGCAGGUACAUACGUGAUAUCCGCAUCAAAGGGGCUAUUCAUGCUCCACGAAGGAAUGUACGACGAGACCGGUCCCCCCAUCGAGGAUGCCGACAUCGCCGGGCAAUCCCUUCCCAUCCCAGCACAAUUCACAUUGAAUGUUGGGUUGACGGAAAAGAUCAAGGAGGCAGAGAAAGAGAGUCUGGAUGGAUUAGUCAAGGCCGGCUUCAAGCUGGACUUUGGCGAUGAUAAGAGUGGUAUCUAUCGAAAGUACAUCACGCGCGGAGGUGGGUAUUAUAUCGAUAUCGGUGCCAGUCAACUUAUCAUCGACGGUAAAAUCAAGGUUCAGCAAAGCCCUGACGGCAUCUCUCAUUUCGAGCCAAACGCACUCGUGUUGGCGGAUGGGACGAAGCUGGAGGCUGAUAUUGUUGUUUUGGCGACGGGUUAUGACAACAUGCGGACGAGCGCGAGGAAGGUUUUCGGGGAUGAGAUUGCAAACCGGUGCAAGGAUGUGUGGGAUCUGGAUGAAGAAGGAGAAGUCAAUACAAUGUGGAGGCCGAGUGGACACCCAAACUUCUGGUUUAUGGGAGGUAGUCUUGCGCUUUGCAGAACUUACUCGAGGUUUGUGGCUUUGCAGAUCAUGGCCGUUGAGAAAGGCCUCAGCCGUUAA